AUGGGAGGAGUGAUGUCAUACUUCCGCGGCCUUUUCGGCGCCCGUGAGAUGCGGAUUCUCAUUCUUGGGCUGGAUGGAGCCGGAAAAACGACGAUUCUGUACAGACUGCAGGUGAGACAUUUCCAAUUUCUGUCUAGAAUCGAACAGCUUGAAUUGCAGGUUGGCGAAGUUGUGACUACGAUUCCGACAAUCGGAUUCAAUGUGGAACAGGUCGAGUACAAGAACUUAAAGUUCCAAGUGUGGGAUCUCGGAGGACAAACGUCGAUUCGGCCGUACUGGAGGUGCUACUACGCCAACACCGAUGCUAUCAUUUACGUUGUGGAUUCAGCCGACAGGGAGAGAGUAGGAAUUGUAUAAUUCUUUCCGCCUUCCAACUUUAUCUUGUAGGUGGGAAUUUCGAGGCAAGAGUUGGCGACAAUGCUGCAAGAAGACGAACUGCAGGGAGCGGUGCUCGCCGUUCUUGCCAAUAAACAGGACAUUGAUGGGUGUCUGACGGAGACGGAAGUGUACAAGGCUCUCGGAUUGGAUGCUCUCCGUAAUCGGACCAUCCAGAUCUUCAAAACGUCAGCGCAGAAGGGAGAGGGACUCGACGCGGCGAUGGACUGGCUGGCCAACCAACUGCAGCAGAAGAAGUGA